UCCCACCCAGAGAAAGCUGAGCGUUACCGCAGGUCCAACUCUGUGCUUAGUGUGACGGACCGUAAUACUAUCUCUGAAAGCUAUACAGGACCGCUUGUAGUCGUUACCGAAGAGAUUUCACACCUGAACUGGAGCUCUGGGUGAUUUACCAAGUUAUGCGUAAAAAAGCGCACCACUUGUCGUGACGCGGCGUCACCGUUUUGGAUGUACUACUUUCCCUGUAAAUCCGAUUUAGUAACGACAACCUUUUCUCAAUGAGGAUUAUAAAUAUCAUGAGGAUUUUGUGGGUGUUUGUAUUCUGCUUCCUUGAUUUAUCAGGUGCUGUGAUCGACUUGACCAUGAUCUCCACAGCAGAGGUCACCAACGUCAAUCUCUUCAGGAUCUCUUGUAUCAAUGGAGAGCGCAGCCCUGCCCAGGUUGAUCUGGACAUCCAGAGAGACAACAAAAUCCUCAUAUUCCCCAAGAAGCCAAAUUUUAAUGUGCAUAAGCCCAGGAACGAGGAGGUGGUGGCCAGAGACUUCCGUGAUCUGGAACAUAUUGGUAUCUUCUACUGUAAAUCCACUCAGGAAGUUCCCCCACUUGAGAUCACAAUGAUCAACAAUUUUGGGAGAGCAAAUGUUGUCCCAACUCACCUUACAUUGACUGCUAAUAAAGGAGAGACAGUCCACCUCCACAUGCAGCUACUCAGCUCCCAAAAGAGAGAUGUGACCUGGAAGUACAACGGAAACUACUAUUAUAUGACUCACUGGAAUGAUAUGAUCAAUCGCACUGCUGUACUGACAGUGGAGAAUGUAGCUUUCGCCAAUCAAGGCAUCUACAGUGCCAGCUACGUGGGGGACAGCCCCCUUCAGGGCACCUGGAUGAGGCUCAUUGUCAGAGACUGUUCCAGUAAGAAGUGGGGUCCUUACUGUGACAAGGACUGUCCGGAGUGUCUCAACGGCGGGGUGUGUCAUGAUGUCGACGGAGACUGUAUCUGCCCUCCGGGAUUUAUGGGAACGGGCUGUGAGAUAGCCUGCAGAGAAGGAAUGUUUGGCCGAAACUGCCAGCAGUCAUGUGGCUCUGAGAAGAACUGCAAGGGGCUUCGCUUCUGCCUACCAGACCCUUACGGCUGCUCCUGCGCCAGUGGCUGGUUUGGGAGCCGCUGUGAGAAGAACUGCCAUAAUGACAUGUAUGGACCAGACUGCAUGCUCAGCUGUAAAUGCCAGAAUGGAGGAGUUUGCAACCGUUUCAGUGGAUGCCAGUGUCCCACAGGGUGGAGAGGACAGAAUUGUGAGAAGUCCGACCGGGCUCCCCAGAUAUUGGAUUUGGAUAGUAAUUUGGAGUGGAAUCUGAACUCCAGCCCCAAGAUCUUUUGCUCAGCCACAGGCAACCCCCUGCCCAGCCACAACAGCAUUGAGCUGCGAAAGUUGGACAGCACUGUGCUCAAGGCCUCUCGCACUGUCAUGGACUCAAAUAAGAGUACAGCCCUGUUUGAGAUCCCUCGUCUGAGUGCUCAACAAGGAGGGCUGUGGGAGUGCAGGGUGUCCACCAAUGGAGGCCAGGACUCCCGCAAGUUCAACCUCACCAUUAAAGAACCCCCUGUGCCCACUACUGCUCCCAAACUGCUGGAAAAAAGGAGUAAGCAGCUGCUGGUGAUGCCGGUGGACUCCCACAGAGGAGACGGCCCCAUUGUCUCCACCAGGCUUCUCUACAAGCCUGUGGAGAACGGAGACUCUUGGUCCUCCAUCAUAGUUUAUAGUGACAAAGAGCCCAUCACACUGAUGAACCUGGAGCCUUCAACGCGUUACCGUGUCCGUGUCCAGCUUAGUCGUCCUGGGGAAGGAGGAGAGGGGGCCCCAGGGCCAGAGGCCAUCAUGGAGACUGAUUGUCCCGAGCCCACAGUUCAACCUGACAUUGACAUCAGCUCGGUGGAAGGCCGCAAUGCCACUGUACGCUGGCGACUGCCCGCCAACAAUGGCAUUAAUGCUGGCACAGCCAGUGGCUUUUUAGUGCAGCUCUUCGGGCCGCCACCCUACAGUGACAAACUACUGGAGGAGACCACCCUGCUCACUGUGCUUUCUACAAAGUUCCACAACCUGGAGUACCAGCAAGACUACACCAUGGUGGUGCGCCUCAUCAACUGUGGCAGCCAGGGGCCACCCUCCAAACCCUACCACUUCCGCAUCAACAGCCAGGGUCCAUCAUCCCCACGCAACGUCCAGGCCCUGCCUUUGUCCUUGUCAGCCAUCCAGGUGAGGUGGCAGCCCCCUGAAGAUCCCAAUGGAGGCAUCAUUAAAUACAUUAUAGAGUACCAGCCAGUUGGCCAGGGGAGUCCUCACCCUUGGGUGGACACAGAUGAUGGAAACAAGACCACCAAAGAUGUGACAGCACUCAACGGCAGCACGCUCUACCAGUUCAGAGUGAGGGCUUUCUCCAAGGUGCCAGGAGAGUGGAGCAAGUUUGUUCAGGCGAUGACACAAGGAGAUGGCCUUCAGAGUUUUACCCCGACCACCCAGGGUGUGGCUGGGAGGCCUGGUGGGGACAGUUACCAGCUGUUGGUGGCGGUGGUGGGCUCGGUAACGGUCACCUGUGUGACUAUCCUGCUGGCACUGUUGGCUCUUUUCUUCAUCCGCAAGACACUGCUCAACCGUCGGCGCACGUUCACCUACCAGUCUGGAUCGGGUGAAGAGACUAUUCUGCAGUUUAACUCAGGAACUCUGACUCUGACACGGAGGCCCAAACCAACUCCAGAGCCCCUCACCUAUCCAAUCCUGGAGUGGGAGGACAUAAAGUUUGAAGAUGUCAUUGGAGAGGGCAAUUUUGGCCAGGUCAUCAAAGCCAUGAUCAAGAAGGAUGGCAGUAAAAUGAGCGCAGCCAUCAAGAUGCUGAAAGAGUUUGCCUCAGAGAAUGACCACCGAGACUUUGCAGGAGAGCUGGAGGUGCUGUGUAAACUAGGCCAGCAUCCCAACAUAAUCAACCUGAUAGGAGCCUGUGAGAACAGAGGUUACCUGUACAUAGCCAUCGAAUACGCUCCCUAUGGUAACCUUCUCGACUUCCUGAGGAAGAGUCGAGUGUUGGAGACCGAUCCUGCCUUUGCCAAGGAGCAUGGCACUGCUUCCACCCUCACCUCCCAGCAGCUGCUGCAGUUCGCUGUAGACGUGGCAACAGGGAUGCACUACCUAAGUGACAAACAGUUCAUCCACAGGGAUUUGGCAGCAAGGAAUGUCCUUGUAGGGGACAACCUUGUGGCGAAGAUUGCAGACUUUGGCCUGUCCCGCGGUGAGGAAGUUUAUGUUAAGAAGACAAUGGGGAGGCUGCCUGUACGCUGGAUGGCCAUUGAGUCCCUGAACUACAGUGUGUAUACGACCAAGAGUGAUGUGUGGUCUUUUGGUGUUCUCCUCUGGGAAAUUGUAAGCUUAGGUGGUACACCAUAUUGUGGGAUGACAUGUGCUGAGCUUUAUGAAAAACUGCCACAAGGCUACAGGAUGGAGAAACCCAAAAACUGUGACGAUGAGGUCUAUGAGCUGAUGAAGCAGUGCUGGAGGGAUCGGCCCUACGAGAGACCCCCCUUCUCCCAAAUCUCUGUCCAGCUCAACAGGAUGCAGGAGGCCAGGAAGGCUUAUGUGAACAUGGCUCUCUUUGAGAACUUCACCUACGCUGGGAUAGACGCCACAGCUGAGGAGGCCUGACUACCAGCCCCCCCAGACCCUAGCAUGUCACGUAGCCCCAAGAGGAAGUCCCGAGGAUGGUCGCCACGUUACUGCCACCUCCCUGUCGCUCAACGUCGAGACAGGAGGACCAGGCGCUCUACCAAAGGCACCCAGCUAUAGACGGAGGACUGUGAAAGGACACUGUGUGGAGGUAUCAGAGGCAUUAGGAGAUGAGGAGUAUCGCUUGGCCUUGGAUGGAGAAAUGCGAUUGCUACUAACCUUUUGGGAAAUACUGACCCCCCUGUCACUACAAACCAGUCCCAGAAAAAAGACACAACAUUGUACCUAUUGCUCUUACAAAAGUUAAAAUGUUGUACUUUUUUAGUGUUAAGGGGAAGCGGAAAAUAAGGAGCUAUGUGACUUGCUGAAACACCACAGGGUCUGUGGGGUGUCGACGCUGGACUUUAUUUUCUUUCCAUUGCUCUAAACGGAGAAGGAAAUCUUUUCAUGAAAAUGAAAUUUAAAGGACCACAAACGUUCAAGUUCUCAGACUGUUAGAAAAGGAUGAAAGACACAUACAAUGUAGCACUUAAAACCAGCCUCAUUCAUGCCAUCUGUCUUUUUCCUGUUUGCCUAUCACUGCCAUGUGAAUGUAACUUCUUCUGUAUGUAUUUUGUCUCUUUUUAAAGGACACAUAGUUGUAUCAAAAGUCUCCUAUUCGAAUGUAGUUACAGACUGAUAUAAAUGCAACCAUGGUAGAUUCUUCAUGUGUUGCAUGCAAAGCUCCACCACAAGAGUAGUUGUUUGGAAAAUGCUACUAAUACAGGGCAGAUGCAGAGCCAGUCUACCAGCUAUCACCAUUACUGUAUUGUUUACCUCUAUCAUUAUGCAACCUAACACAAUGUAUGGUAAUAUAUCCAUUGUAUGAGAAUGUACAGUUGUUACAUGUUUUCAUUAACUGGUUGAAUAAAGGUUUUGUGUGGUGACUGGACUCAUCACCACAAGUAGUUGGUC